AGGAUAGAUAGUUGACAUCUUGACAAUAUAGUGAGAUCCCACGCCGUGAAUAUAGCAAUCAAUGUUUCUAUGAAUCAAUCAAAAUAUUUCAACGCUUUCUUUCAAUCUUAUCUAACAACAAAAAAUGGAAGUUCAACAAUGGUGGAAGCUUAGAUUCUCCUUCAAAAGUGCAACCAUUGUUGUUUGUUUCAUCAAUAUAAUAACUGCUAUCUUCUUGCUUCAUGGCUUUUUUAUUUCACCUUACAACCGCAACAAAUUCUCCAUUUCAAACUCUAACUCAGUUCAACUCAGUUACAUUCGGGAAUCUGAAGAGAUUCGUCUUGCCAUGCUACCGUUGGAGCUAAUAAAAAGAGUGAAAGAGAUCGAGCUGGAAGGGUACACUGAACCAGAAACAGCCCAGAAGAAAGACACAAAGCAGACAGCUGCAGUUGAUCUGUCUAAAAGGUUAAAGGAUUUCCGUUCGUUGAAUGAUGCUUCCAGCUUGAAAGCUUUGGAGGAAUGGCGUAAAAGGAAGAUAGAGAGGGCGAGACUAAGACAAUUGGAGAAAAAUGGAACAACUUCCUCUUAACCUUGACUUUAUAUACUUUCUGAUAUCAAGUGAAACUUGACAUGCUAAGUUAAAUGUGUAUACUGCAUAGCAUCAUCAUACACCUUUGGAUUCUCUCUUGCAUAAAACAAAGGGAGGGAGGUGAGGAAAUAGGGAGAUGAAGGGUAUAAAAGAGAGGAAAGAGUGAGAGAGAGGUUGGAGAGGAUCCAUUUCCAUCAAGAGUAAAGAUUGAUCAUUGAUCAUUCUUGCAGACAAAUAUUGAUUGUGAUUGAUAACAUUUGACUCAUCCUUUUUUUUACUUUCUAAAAAUUUAAAGAUAUAAAGAAAUAAUUUACCAUC